CAUUAUACUUAAUCACUCAGUAAUGGUUAGCAAAUGGACCUCUCAUGUAUUGUGUUUCAUAUUUUAUAUAUUAUAAUAGAAAAUAGAUAUAAGAGAAAGAGGCACAAGGCAUUUCUCAUUCUUUUAACUCUUUUCUUCAAAGAAAACUCAAAUUCAUUACUCUGUCAGCAGCUGAGAUCUCAUUCCACCGGACUCAGAUCUGAGAGAGAGAACCACAAUCACGAAUAACGGUCCAACUUCAAACAAACCGGAGGCGCUUCGCUUGAUUGACCGGCUGAUCCUUCCCGGAAAAAAGGGCAAAAAAAAAAAAAAAGUGGACCGGCAACCAGUUCCCGCCAAAACGAGAGAGAUAAAGCAGAGCGCAGCCCCCCCUCUUUAGUCAGUGUUGCGGUGAGCUAAGCAAUGGCGUCUUCCGCUUCAGCAGCAGUCGUCGGUUCUUCACCUCAUCGUCCCCUGCCGCCAGCACUUUCCGACAACAAUCUUCAGCCCCUUUUUGUUCUUCACAAAGCUGCAUCUGAGAAAGAAGAUAGGAAAUCAGUCCGAAGGAGGAUGAAUAUUGCGCCUGCGGAUCACCAAAGAGUUGAUGCUGGAGAGUGUAUGGACGGUUUUCAAGAACAGUUGCAGAGAGAAGCUUUUGAAUUUGUCUGGUCAAAGAUUGAGAAGACCAUCAAGGCUGUGUUGAAGAAUAUUAAUUCUGACGCAUUCAGCGAGAUAAAUUCUUGGAUUCUUGAGUCCUUCCAGGCUAUUAACUCAUUUAGCUCAACAAGUUCUUAUGAGGCCACUCGGUCCUUUCCCACUGCAAUUGACCCUGCCUCUAAACGCCUGUUUACGGGUCUAGUCCUCACCAGAAAUAUGGAGUUUGUUGACGACUUAAUGACAUUCGAAGAUCUUGCUCAGCAUUUGAAAUCACAAGGAUGUCAUGUGGCUAACCUUUCCUCUCUAGAGUUCUCCGCUGAUAAUGGGACUGGUGGUUGCAUCAGAAGCUUGCUUAGACAAUUUUUAUUAUCUGCGGUGGAUGCUGCAGAUAUGUCUAUCUUAUCAUCCUGGUACCAUGCCCUAGGUAAUGGCACCCCCGUUGUUGUGAUCGUUAACGAGCUGGAACGAUGUUGUGGAUCUGUCCUAUCAGAUUUCAUCAUCAUGUUGAGCGAGUGGGUUGUGAAGAUUCCGGUUAUCUUAAUAAUUGGAGCAAGUACAGUAGACGUGCCUGGAAAUAUACUCCAUUUUAAUGCACUACGGUGCUUAUGUUCUUGUAAGUUCACUUUGCGGACUCCAGUGGAGCGGAUGGAUGCAAUUAUUGAAGCUGUUCUUGUGAAGAAGUGUUCUGGAUUUUCUAUUAGCCAAAAAGUGGCUGUCUUUAUGAGAAAUUAUUUCACCAGCCACGAUGGAACAUUAAGUGCAUUUAUCAGAGCUCUGAAGAUAGCAUGUGCUCAGCACUUCGUCACAGAGCCAUUAAGCUGUUUACUCAAAGGCUUUGAUGAAGAUGAGAAUCAGUGCUUUCAAGAGAAAUAUGAUUUUCUGCAAGAGGCCAUCUCAAAAUAUAACUGGAGUAUCACAUCAUGUAGGAGAAGGAGCAAAGUGGAUGAACGCGGUGGCAAAAAGUUGGUCAGUGCUAUGGUAGAAUUGAAGAGAUUGCAAGACGGCUGGAGCUGUGCACUUAUGUGUCUGUACGAAGCUGGGAAGCGCAGUCAAAUCCACCUGCUAGACUUACUGUGUGAGGUGCUUGAUCCAGAUUUAUAUGCGUCCAGGAGUCCCGAUAGCAACUCUUCUUCGAGAAAGGGCAGUUUUAUCUCUCAGGCAAUACAAAAUGUUAGGGAUCUUCCCGAAGCUCAGUUUAUCAACUUGCUUAAGAGUUGGGAAAAACAUGUGAUUGCCAUCCCUGAGAUCCAUGGAAAAGUGAAGGAUUUACAGUACAUGUGGAAAUUUGGGAACGCCAAGAGAAGGAAAGAACAACCACCUGACAUGCCCAGGACGCAAACAUCCCAGAACCAUUUGAAUGUUCAAAGAGCCUCAAAAGCAGUGAAUGACAGGGCUGCCAUUUUUAUUGAGUACCUAAUUAAUGAUUUGAUGCAGCCGAUGGAGUGUGUGCCUUUUCAUGAAAUCGUCUGCUUUAAGAAUGUGGAAAAGCUUAAAGCGGCUUUAGCUGGAGAUCCUCGAAGACAGAUCCAAGUUGAUCUUUUAGGAUCCUGCAGGACUCUACAUUGUAGUUGUUGCUGUAGAUACCGCGACAUCCUUUUACCAUCCAUGCAGGAUACCUCAAUCAUGUAUACUUUAAGCCAGGAGCACGGUGAUGUUAUCAACCUUUAUGAUUGGUAUGAGUCUUUCAAGUUGAUUCUUCAGCCAACUAAUAAAGGGAAGCACAAAAAGCAGUCUAUAUUCUCAAAGAAGAAAGAUACUGGUAAAAGUGAAAAGCUGAAUGAAGUGGCAAUUCAAGGAAGGUUCUGCAGGGGAGUGACUGAACUUCAGAUAGCAGGGCUCCUUAAGAUGCAAAGCAAAAGGCGGCCAGAUUAUUUGCAGCGGGUGGCGUUUGGACUCUAAUGAGUAAUGAUGUAGGGCCUACAGGAGUUUUUGAUUUGCAUGGUACUCUCACUGCCACAAAUUUGAUCAUGAAUGCUUAGACGAUGAAGAGCAGGCUAUAUUCUGGGUGCUUCAUUUGGUUAAUCUACUAGAGAAGAGUCAAAAUUUACUUGCCAAGAGCCGCGGUGACGGACUGAACUCACUGGUUUGGUGGCUGAUGAAAUAUAUAGGAAAUCAUACUUUUCUAAGUCAUUCUCAAACAAUGUUUAUUUUUAGGCCAACUCCUGGCUGGCAUGGCACCCUCUAUCCCAAAUUGUCUGGUGAAUAAACUGCCGGCAGUUUUUGAAUUUGCUGAUGGUCUGACCAACCCAAUAUCUCAGGCACUGAAAGUUAUUGGGUUGGGGGAGUCUCUUUCCCAGGUUCGUGGGAACAUGGCGAGGCGGGGAGUGGAUGGAUCGUUACAGUGAUUUCCGGCUGAACCAGUUGACUAGAGCAUCUUCUCUUUUGGGUGGGUGAUUAUGUUCUGGUUGAAACUUUUCUGGGAUGAACGAUUCCAAACAAUUGUGCUGUUUGGAAAUGGGAAGCUAGGGCCUAGAAGUAGAAGCCAAGCUAUCCCAUCCCAAAAGUUGUUUUUAUUUCAUAGGAUAGGAUAGGAUGACGAAACAUAGAGAACUACCCAUUUGUAAAGGCUUGCUUAUAAUGUUAAUUUAAUUCUGCCGAUCCUCUUAUCUCUGGUUCGAGCAGUAGGCAUAAUUGAAUGA